AUGGAUGGCGGAUGAAACCCAACACGAGUUCACGACGAAGGGAGCUUUAAAACGACAUACAAUCAAACGAGUGUGUCACUGAGUAAAACAGUCGUAGUCUAGGGUGAGAAAAGACAUUGUUGUUGAAUCCUUCAAGAAAUGCGGCAUAAGAAAUGCUCUCGAUGGCAGUGGAGAACAUCUUAAUAUAUGAAGAGGACUGAUGAUGAAGAGAAAAAAGAAGAACGUUCAGGUGACGAUUUCCAGGGAUUUUAAAGAAAUAAUGUCGGACUACAGGCCGAUAGAUGCAAAGCGUGAGGAAUUCCGAAAGUAUUUGGAGGGUGCUGGCGUGUUGGAUGCGUUGACCAAGGUAUUCAUCUCAUUGUAUGAGGCCCCUGAGAAGCCAACGGACCCGCUAGAGUUUGUCCGUUGCAAUAUUGGUGAUAAUGUACCAGAUAUGGCAGAGUAUGAAGCAGUACAAGCGGAGCUGGCACGUAACAGUGAUGCAAUCGAGAAAUUGCGGGCUGAGAAUGAAGCUCUACGUGCACGCAUUGCUGAGUUGGAGCCGGUGACAGAGGGUGGUGAAGAAGGAGCAGCACCAGAGGAAGGUGCUGAGCAAACGGAAGGAGGAGAGGAGCCACCUGCAGAGGGAGAGGGAGAGGAACCACCACCACCUGAGGAACAACCUGCGGAGUAGUGUCGUGUGUGGCCAAGCCAGCACCUUGACAAGGUCUCACUGCUUGGGAGGCGGUUCAACAUGUCGGGUUUGUACCGCAUAUAUGACUGCAUACAAAGAAGUAAUAAAUGGUUGUUAUAGAAAAAUACCAGUUUAUUUAAUAAGCUUAAAACUAUGAUUCAAUACCAGAAAAAAGAAAGAAGACACUAUGGAGGAGCAGCAAGAUUGUG